AUGGACUUGCUUUCUGGGACUUACCUCUUGGCAGUCUUACUGGUCUGCGUCGUGUUUCAGUCGGGCGCUCAGGAGAAGAAUUACACCGUGAGGGAGGAGUUACCGGAAAAUGUCCUUAUUGGCAAUUUGCUGAAGGAUCUCAACCUGACCCUUGACCCCGAUGUGCCCCUUUCAUCCCCGCUUCAGUUCAAGCUCGUGUACAAGACUGGUGAUGUCCCCCUCGUCCGCGUGGAGGAAAAUACCGGAGAAAUAUUCACCACGGCCAACCGCAUCGAUCGGGAAAAGCUUUGCUCUGGCAUUUUUAGUGAGAACCGUUGUUUUUAUGAGGUGGAAGUUGCAGUUCUUCCUGAUGAGGUCUUCAGGCUGGUCAAGAUUCGAUUCCUGAUUGAGGAUAUAAAUGAUAAUGCUCCUCUUUUCCCCUCCACGGUCAUCAAUAUCUCCAUCCCUGAGAACACCGCGAUCAAUUCCCGCUAUUCUGUCCCGUCAGCUGUUGAUCCUGACAUUGGAGUGAAUGGCAUUCAACAUUAUGAACUCCUUAAGCCCAAAACAGCUCCGAAAAGGACUUUUGGAUCCAUUACAAAUGAACAGGGUCAAAAUGUAUUUGGACUUGAUAUCAUUGAAACACCUGAAGGAGACAAGUGGCCCCAGUUGAUAGUGCAACAAAUCCUUGACAGGGAGCAGAAGGACACCUAUGUGAUGAAGAUUAAAGUGGAGGAUGGUGGAAACCCUCCGAGAUCCAGCACGGCCAUUCUCCAAGUCACCAUCACUGAUGUGAAUGACAACCGUCCGGUCUUCAAGGAGAAUGAUAUCGAAGUCAGCGUUCCUGAAAAUGCACCUGUGGGCACCUCCGUUUCUCAACUUCAUGCCACCGAUGCCGACUUGGGAUCCAAUGCCCAGAUUCACUUUUAUUUUAGUAGCCAGAUCUCUAGUUUGGCCAAAAGACUGUUUGCCAUCGAUAACAUCACUGGUCUUAUCACUGUCAAGGAGCCCUUGGACCGGGAGGAAUCCCCAGUACACAAAUUAACCAUUUUGGCGAGUGACGGCAGUUCCACUCCUUCCAGAGCUACCGUAACAGUGAAUGUCACAGACAUUAAUGAUAACAUUCCCUCAAUAGACACAAGGUAUAUUAUCAAUCCAGUGAAUGGGACUGUGUUACUGUCCGAGAAAGCACCACUCAAUACUAAGAUUGCCCUGAUUACUGUGAUGGAUAAGGAUGCGGACCUUAAUGGCAAAGUUACUUGCUUCACAGACCACGAUGUCCCGUUCAGGUUAAAGCCGGUAUUUGAUAAUCAGUUUCUCCUGGAAACAGCCACCUACUUAGACUACGAGGCCACCAGAGAAUAUGCCAUCAAAAUAGUGGCUUCGGAUUCAGGAAAGCCACCCUUGAACCAAUCUGCGAUGCUGCUGAUCAAAAUCAAAGAUGAAAAUGACAAUGCCCCGGUGUUCACGCAAUCCGUGAUUGGGCUCUCCAUCCCUGAGAAUAACGCUCCUGGAACCCAGCUGACCAAGAUAAGUGCUACCGAUGCUGACAGCGGCCACAAUGCUGAAAUCAGUUACAUGCUGGGAUUGGAUGCUCCCCCGAUUUUCAACCUGGAUCGCCGUACAGGCAUUCUGACAGCCGUGAGGAAGUUGGAUCGAGAAAAACAAGAUCGCUAUUCAUUCACGGUGCUGGCUAAAGAUAAUGGCAUGCCACCUUUGCAAGCCAAUGCUACUGUGACUGUUUCUGUUUUGGAUCAAAAUGACAACAGCCCUGCUUUCACACACAACGAAUACAACUUCUAUGUGCCAGAAAAUCUUCCCAUGUAUGGCACCGUUGGACUAAUCACUGUGACAGAUGCAGACUCUGGAGAAAAUGCAAUAGUGACCUUGUCGAUAUUAAAUGGCAAAGAUAAUUUCAUUAUUGAUCCUAUCACUGGAGUCAUAAGGCCGAAUAUUACUUUUGACAGGGAACAGCAAGGAUCUUAUACAUUUCAGGUGAAAGCAGUGGAUGGGGGCAGGCUCCCACGCACCUCCACGGCUAAAGUUACUAUCAAUGUUGUCGAUGUGAAUGACAACAGGCCUGUUUUUGUCAUUCCUUCCACCAACUAUUCCUACGACUUGGUUCCGAUGUCUGCCAGUCCAGGCUCCAUGGUGACAAAAGUGUUUGCUGUGGACAAUGAUACAGGGAUGAACGCUGAGCUGCGUUAUAGCAUUAUUGGUGGGAAUUCGCGAGGAUUGUUUAUGAUCGAUCAGUUAACGGGCAACGUCACUUUGAAGGAGAAAGUCAUCUCAGCAGAUCAUGGAUUGCACAGAUUGGUAAUAAAAGUCAAUGAUUUAGGGCAGCCUGAAUCUUUAUAUACCAUAGCAUUAGUGCACUUAUUUGUGAAUGAAACCGUCACCAAUGGAUCCUACAUCCAAGAGUUGGUCCGCCGCAACAUGGAAACACCUGUUGGCCAAAAUGUCGGGGAUGGAGACAUUACCCCACAAACCAAUGACUACAUCAAAAUCAUCAUUGCCAUCAUCGCAGGCACCAUGACAGUGAUACUGGUCAUUUUUGUGACAGCCCUGGUACGUUGUCGCCAAACUCCUAGGCACAAAGUGGUGCAGAAAAGCAAGCAGAGUGGUGAGUGGGUUUCUCCAAACCAAGAAAACCGUCAGAUCAAGAAGAAGAAGAAAAAGAAGAAGCGGUCUCCCAAAAGUCUUCUCCUAAACUUUGUGACUAUUGAAGAAUCUAAGCCUGAUGAUCCCGGCCAUGAACACAUCAAUGGCACCUUGGACAUUCCUGUAGAGCUAGAAGAACAGACUAUGGGAAAAUAUAACUGGGCCACCACACCCACCACUUUUAAACCUGACAGUCCAGAUUUAGCAAAGCACUACAAGUCUGCCACUCCGCAGCCCACAUUUCAGAUUAAACCUGAGACUCCAGUACCACCGAAGAAACACCAUGUCAUACAGGAACUUCCUCUGGAUAACACAUUUGUGGUGGGUUGUGAUUCCCUCUCCAAGUGUUCUUCCAGUAGCUCGGACCCAUACAGUGUAUCUGAAUGCAGCUGUCAAGGAGGGUUUAAAGCUCCUGGCUCCGUUCACACCAGACAGCAUUCAAAAGAUGUGGGAAGACCUCAGACCCCACUAAAAGAGACAAGUCUAGAGUCAUGGACCCAACCACCGUCCCAGCGCCGAGUUACAUUUCAUCUCCCCGAUGGGUCUCAAGAAAGCUGCAGUGACAGUGGGCUGGGAGACCACGAGCCCAGCAGUAACACCAGUAUGACCCACCCUUUGCCACUGGGUUUCCCUCAAGAGGAGUACUAUGAGCAGACCUCACCCAACAGUCGGACAGAGGGAGAUGGAAACUCAGAUCCGGAGUCCACUAUUGAGGUGAACCUCCAAAAAGCUCUCACGGAAGCUUCCGAAACCUGCACGCAGGAAUGCCUCAUCCUUGGCCAUUCUGACAAUUGCUGGAUGCCUCCUUCAUUGACACAAUACCAGCAAUCCAAUCCACCUUUGCCAGCCUUUGGCUUCCAGCAGGGGUGGGUGCGAGGAGCCAUCUCGGAAGGAAGACACACCCUUGGACGGGCCGGUUCCAAGGAGGAUACAGAGAAAGGCCAAGGGGGACCUAAGCCUCAGUUCUACAAUGCCUGUGACAGACUCUGCACCAGUGACGACCCAGUCAAACUGAUCCCCCUGGCAAACUUCAUACCUCCUGCCCAGGCUGGAAGCGGCAUCCCUUUGAUCCAUGAGCACCAGCUAUAAAAGGCAUAUCUUGAC